AAGGCGUAACAGGCGCAUGCAAUGGCUCGAAUGUGAAGCAACAAAGUGUGAAAAUGGCACGCGAAUUAGUGACAACAUUCCUUUUGACAGCUUUCGUAAUUUUGUUAAUUUCUAGAGAAUCAAUUGCGGCGAAGAAACCGCAUAUUUUAUUUGUAUUAGCAGACGAUUAUGGUUGGAACGACGUUGGUUAUCACGGCUCUGACAUCAAGACCCCAACCUUAGACCGACUCUCGGCAGAAGGAGUGAGACUUGAAAAUUACUACGUGCAGCCGAUCUGUACUCCCUCACGUAGUCAGUUGUUGACGGGCCGAUAUCAGAUUCAUACAGGCUUACAGCACAGCAUCAUCUGGUAUAACCAGGCCAAUGGCUUACCCCUUCAGUUCCCAACUAUUGCCACACACAUUGUGGGCAAAUGGCACCUGGGAUUUUACAAGAAAGAAUACAUGCCCACUAAUAGGGGGUUUGAUACACACUAUGGCUAUCUUACUGGUGCUGAAUACUAUUUCACUCACAAAAGAUGUUAUGAAACAUGUGGGAUAGACCUUAGAGACAACUUGGAUGUUGAUAAAAAUCAAAAUGGUGUUUAUUCUACACACCUCUUCACCAAAAGAGCUGAGGAUAUCAUUGCUAAUCAUGAUAAAAACAAGCCUCUUUUCCUGUAUCUGCCUUAUCAGGCUGUUCAUUCCCCCCUCGAGGUGCCUGAGGAAUACGUCAAACCUUAUCAACGCAUUAAGAACAAAGCAAGAAGGACUUACGCAGGUAUGGUGAGUGCUAUGGAUGAAGGUGUAGCCAAUGUCACCAAAGCAUUGAAGCAACAUAGACUCUGGGAAGAUACCAUCAUGGUGUUCUCAACAGACAAUGGAGGUCAGAUUCUGUCAGGUGGUAACAACUGGCCGUUGCGCGGGUGGAAAGGCAGUCUGUGGGAGGGCGGCUUCAGAGGGGUGGGCUUUGUCCACAGCAACAGCCUGGAAACUAAAGGCAAGAUCAAUAGGGAACUAAUCCACAUUUCUGACUGGUUCCCCACUUUGUUGUCAUUGGCUGGAGGGUCUCCAAGCAAUAUUACUGGUCUUGAUGGUUAUAAUGUAUGGGACACUAUUAGUAAAAAUGCGCCAAGUCCAAGAACAGAGCUACUACAUAACAUCGACCCUCUGUUUACUAAGUCUGGCACCCCAGCGUACAGCGGUACCUUCGACACCUCCACCAGGGCAGCAUUCAGAAUGGGGAAGUGGAAAAUUAUCACUGGGAACCCAGGAAAUGGAAGCUGGAUUAAACCUGCACAAGUGAUUGACAGUGGUGAACAUCAUGUUGAGAAUACAUUUGAAGACACCAACAAAAAUGUGUGGCUCUUCGAUAUAUUAGAUGACCCUACUGAGAGAAAUGACCUGUCACAGAAGUACCCUAAUAUUGUGAAGAAAAUGUUGACUCGUCUGCAGGCAUACAACGCCACUGCAGUCCCAGCAAUAUACCCCCCUCCUGACCCCAGGGCAGACCCCAGUCACAAUGGAGGGGUUUGGGGACCAUGGGAAUAAUACCGGGGGGCGGGUCC